GCUAGUUUCCUUAUUGUCUCUUCUUCUCUUAUCUUUCUUCCCCCUUUCUCUUCGCUUAGGGUUUCGAAAAUCUUCAAUCCGAUUUGAGUAAUAUCUGUUUCUAAUCGGAACAAAUCUCCGGCAUCUGGAGUCUCCGGCGAUUUUGUCUAUUUUUGAAGAAAUUUGAUUGGAAUGGAGGCGAGAAUCGGCCGAUCUAUGGAGCACCCAUCUACGCCGGCGAUUACUGCUCCGGCGCCGGUUCCUCCACCAUCAACGCGGCGGCCGAGAGUAAGAGAAGUGAGCUCAAGAUUCAUGUCUCCCGUUUCUUCAUCAUCUUCGUCGUCGUCAUCUUCUUCCGCCGGAGAUCUCCAUCUAUUGACUUCAAAUUCUCCCAGGCAUCAUCACCCACACCAGACUCAAAGGUCAACUUCGGCUCAGAGGAUGAGACGGCAGUUAAAAAUGCCAGACGGCGACGAGAAUCGUCCUUCAGAGACGGCGCGUAGCUUAGACUCGCCUUUUCCUCUUCAACAAGUCGACGGAGGUAAAAUCCCAAAGCAGCAGAUUCGAUCUAAGCCGUUGAAAGAGAACGGUCUCCGUCUCGACACACCGACGACGGCGAUGUUGCCGCCGCCGUCUAGAUCGCGGUUGAACCAACAGCGUUUGCUCACCGCCUCCGCUGCGACUAGGCUUCUCCGAUCAAGCGGGAUCUCGUUAUCUUCCUCCACAGACGGUGAAGAAGACAACAACAGAGAGAUUUCCAAAUCCAACGGCUCAGAUCUGUUGCCAACAAUCAGGAACCAAGCAAAACUCUUCAACAAUCCCACCGCUUCACCUCUUUCUCGAUCCUUGAGUUCUGAUGAUUCUUCCUUGUUUCGAGAUGUAAGAGCUUCAUUGUCGCUUAAAAAUGGUGUUGGUUUGUCAUUGCCUCCGGUUGCUCCUAAUUCGAAGAUUCAAGCCGAUACAAAGAAGCAGAAGAAAGCUUUAGGACAACAAGCGGAUAUACAUUCUUUGAAACUGCUUCAUAACCGUUACUUGCAAUGGCGAUUUGCAAAUGCAAAUGCUGAGGUCAAAACACAAUCUCAGAAAGCACAAGCUGAGAGAAUGUUUUAUUCACUUGGUUUGAAAAUGUCGGAGUUGUCUGAUUCUGUACAGAGGAAACGAAUAGAACUCCAACAUUUACGGAGAGUGAAAGCUGUCACGGAGAUUGUAGAGUCUCAAACUCCUUCUUUGGAGCAAUGGUCUGUUCUUGAAGAUGAAUUCUCAAAUUCUCUAUUGGAAACAACUGAAGCUUUAUUGAAUGCUUCAUUGCGGUUGCCUCUCGAUUCAAAAAUCAAGGUUGAGACUAAAGAGUUAGCAGAAGCACUUGUUGUCGCUUCAAAGUCUAUGGAAGGCAUUGUCCAAAACAUUGGAAAUCUUGUGCCUAAGACACAAGAGAUGGAGACUUUAAUGUCGGAAUUAGCAAGAGUAAGCAGCAUAGAGAAAGCAUCAAUAGAAGAUUGCAGAGUUGCAAUGCUUAAAACACAUUCAUCACAGAUUGAAGAAUGCUAUCUUAGAAGUCAGCUUAUUCAGCACCAGAAGAAGUGCCAUCAGCAAGAGUGCACAACUUCUGUUUGAUGAUUUUUUCCCCAGAAGGUUACUUUAACCAUACAGUCAAAAAGCCAGCCAUACUUGUCAUUAUCUCCAGUGCAGCAACACUCAAGCUCUUCGGUUUGGCUUCAAACUCAUAAUCUGUCUUCUUACAUACCUCAAAUAACAAUUGAAUUUGUAAAUACUAUUCGUUGUCUUGUAAUACCUGAGUAUCAAUGAUCCAUUAGCCUUGUCUGAGCAUUGUAUCACAGUAUCUUUAGUAAGAGAACAAAGAAGACUCCUUUUGAAGUGUUGGGUGUUUCACCAAACUCUCUAAUAACAAGAAAUUAUUGAA